AUGGAUCCAUUCGUUUUGUCGCGUAAUGCUUUCAAUGUCUAUUGCUCCGAAUAUGCUAAUACCAAUUCAUCUACUACUGUGACUAAUAAUAAUAAUAACAAUCAAUCAACAAUUGAUGCAAAUCAUCUCUCAGUAUAUCAACCAGAAAAAGUAAAUCAAAAUAAUUUAUAUUAUGAGAAAGCUAUUCAUACAUUAAAUCAACGAUAUGAAUAUUUUUUACAAACACUCGAUCGAUUACAAAUAUCAUUUGGACAAAUAGCUAACAUAAUAUCACACAACAAUCGUAAUAUUAAUUCACUGACCAAUAAUGAUAGAGAAACUUCCAAAUCAUCAUUUUCUACUAAUAAACGAAACAAUAAGAAACAUUUACAUCAAUCAAUUAAACAUCGUAUGCCAAAACUAUAUAUCACAGUUUCUUGUGCUGAACAUCGUACACAGCAACAACCUAGUCUUAAGAUAAACUAA